AUGGCCCGCAGCAGGCCGGCCCGGGGCCAACCUUCAAGGUCACUCAUUACCACUGGCAUUACCACUGGCAUUACCCCUGGCAUUACCACUGGCAUUACCCCUGGCAUUACCACUGGCAUUACCCCUGGCAUUACCACUGGCAUUACCCCUGGCAUUACCCCUAGCAUUACCCCCUGGCAUUACCACUGGCAUUACCACUGGCAUUACCCCUGGCAUUACCCCUGGCAUUACCACUGGCAAUUACCCCUGGCAUUUCCCCUAGCAUUACCCCCUGGCAUUACCACUGGCAUUACCCCUGGCAUUACCCCCUGGCAUUACCCCCUGGCAUUACCCCUAGCAUUACCCCCUGACAUUACCCCUAGCAUUACCCCUGGCAUUACCACUGGCAUUACCCCUAGCAUUACCCCUGGCAUUACCCCUAGCAUUACCCCUGGCAUUACCACUGGCAUUACCACUGGCAUUACCCCUGGCAUUACCCCUAGCAUUACCACUGGCAUUACCCCUGGCAUUACCCCUAGCAUUACCCCUGGCAUUACCACUGGCAUUACCACUGGCAUUACCCCAGGCAUUACCACUGGCAUUACCACUGGCAUUACCCCUGGCAUUACCCCUAGCAUUACCCCUGGCAUUACCCCUAGCAUUACCCCUAGCAUUACCCCUAGCAUUACCCCUAGCAUUACCCCUGGCAUUACCCCUGGCAUUACCCCCUGGCAUUACCCCUAG